AUGAUAAACGAGGAUUUCCCAUCAGAUCUGUGGACACAUGUAUACACAGACGGAUCAGCUACUAGAGCCGUUGAAGACGGAGGAGCUGGGAUCCUCAUCAGAUAUCCAUCAGGCAGAAAUGAAACACACUUCAUGGCAACAGGAAAGAGGUGCAGCAAUUACAAAGCUGAGACAGAAGCACUCAUGAAGGCAACCUCUAUGAUUGAGAACUCACCUGAAGAUACCACUUCAGUAGUAUUCCUCACAGAUGCAAGGUCAGUCCUUGAAGCUCUGACAAACAACACCUCCCCAAAACUAGCAAAACUUAUGACAAGACUCAGCAAUAACCUCAACAUAGCACUCCAGUGGAUACCUGCCCACUGUGGAGUGUCAGGAAACGAGGAGGCUGACCAACUAGCUAAACAGGGAGCAAAAACAGAGCAACCAAAUACACAAUGUACCCAGGUUACAUACAGAGAGAAAGUCAGCAUCAUAAAGGCAAUCACCAGGCCCCAGCAAGAGCAAGAUGCUUAUCACCUGCUUAACAGAGCAGAACAAGUAGUGAUGGUUCGACUACGCUCAGGACACAACAGACUGAAUGCCCACUUGUACAGAAAAUACAAGCUGGUACCCUCACCACUCUGUCCAUGUGGAGAAGAGGAACAAACUGCUGAACAUGUUCUUCAAAGAUGCAAAAGACACGAUCAGGAGCGAGCUGCGGAGUGGUCCAAAGACACAACCCUCAACAGAAAACUGUAUGGAGGUCUGGAAGAUCUAAGACAGACUACAACAUUCAUUGCAGAAACUGGCAUGAUUGUGUAG